UUAUUACUAUAUGUUAUAUUAUGGAUUUAUCGUAUUAUGAACUUCUUGAAAUACCAGAAACAGCAUCACAGGAAGAAAUAAAACAACAAUAUCAAAAAUUACUACUUCUCCAUCAUCCAGAUAAAUCUCAACAUUCUUUAACAAAGAAUUCUGAAGAUACAAAGAGAGACGGGAAAAUAAAUCAGAUUAUUGAAGCGUGGAAAAUUUUAAAAGAUCCCGAAUUACGAAAAAUCUAUGAUAACGAACUAAAAGCCACAAAACUUAAACACGAUGGAUUAUUUAAUUCAGAAAUCGACCUAGAUGAUAUGGAACAUGAUCAAG